AUGGAUAUUGCGAGUCUCAAAUAAAGCAGAAAUUACCGAGGGCGGGGAAAUACAUCUUAGCCUGCAGUGCGCAUGACAGUUAACGUUGUCUUCCGGUAGGAGCUCAACAGACAGCAGAGAUGUCUGCUUCCCUGGGGCUACGUCUUCUCUAUUGCUACUCCAAGCCGGGCACCUUGGGAUGCACCAGUGUACGUCCCUUCAGCGUUGGUGUGCAACGCAGUGGCUUCAAGUAUGUUAAUGCUGUGGAGCAGCCGACAGACCUCAAGUCCAUCACUGACCGUGCUGCAACGACUCUAUUAUGGACUGAACUCUUCAGAGGAUUGGGUAUGACCAUGAGUUACCUCUUCCGUGAACCAGCGACCAUCAACUAUCCCUUUGAGAAAGGUCCGCUCUCACCUCGCUUCCGUGGGGAGCACGCCCUCCGUCGCUACCCCAGCGGGGAGGAGCGCUGCAUUGCUUGCAAGCUUUGUGAGGCCAUCUGCCCCGCUCAGGCCAUCACUAUUGAGGCUGAGACUCGAGCUGACGGCAGCAGAAGGACUACACGCUACGACAUUGAUAUGACCAAGUGCAUCUACUGUGGUUUCUGCCAGGAAGCCUGCCCUGUGGAUGCCAUUGUUGAGGGUCCGAAUUUUGAGUUUUCAACAGAAACGCACGAGGAGCUGUUGUACAACAAGGAGAAGCUGCUCAACAAUGGAGACAAAUGGGAGGCUGAGAUUGCAGCCAAUAUCCAAGCUGAUUACCUGUACAGAUAAACUGCUAGGGUAUAGCUGCCUGGCCAAGCUGUCUGUGUGUGUCCACCAUGAAAAUAUCAUUUAUCCUGCAGUGCAUCAGCAACUGUUACAUCACAAACAUUUUCACCGAAGUCCAGCUAUAGCCUGUCGUAUCUGCACAUGUUUCCAGCUACAAAAAUAAAUAACUUUUAUUUUGUUUGUUUUACAGCCACGACUUGGAGGCAGCAUUAUGUUUGUAUUUUUCCCGAUGCCAUGAAAAUCUUGAAAUAAAGUAGGUUUUCAAAAUUUGA